CAUGUGAUAGCGUUCCAUCUAAACAGCGGCAAAUGGCUGCUGGCUGAGCAGUGCAACCUGAUGCCGGCAAGGGAUUCUGUGCUGAAAGAGAGGGACUCCCAUCAAUUAUGACCAGCAAUCUGGACAUUUUUGUGGGGAACACCACCUUGAUCGAUGAAGAAGUCUAUCAGCUGUGGCUAGAUGGAUAUUCUGUGGAUGAUGCCGUCUCUCUUCGGCUGCGUUCUGGCAUCCUGGAGCAGACCGGCGCCACGGUUGACGUUCUCCAAAGCGACACCAUGGACCAUUACCGCACUUUCUACAUGCUGGAACGUCUCCUCCAUUCUCCUCCCAAGCUACUGAACCAGCUGCUUUUUCAGAUCCCGCCUUGCCGGCAGACAAUGCUGAUCGAGAGGUACUAUGCCUUCAAUGCUGCUUUUGUGCGUGAGGUGCUGGGGAAAAAGCUAUCGAAAGGGACCAAGAAAGAUCUGGAUGAUAUCAGUGCCAAAACCGGCGUGACUCUUAAAAGUUGCCGCCGGCAGUUUGACAAUUUCAAGCGUGUUUUCAAAGCCGUGGAGGAACUCCGCGGGUCGUUAGUAGAAAACAUCCAGCAGCAUUUCUUGCUUUCCGACCGGUUAGCCAGGGACUACGCCGCCAUUGUGUUCUUCGCCAACAGCCGCUUUGAGACCGGGAAGAAGAAACUGCAGUAUUUGAGCUUCGAGGAUUUUGCCUACUGCGCUGAGCAGAUGAUCGAGAACUGGACUCUGGGGGCCAUGGCAGAUACCAAUGUGGACGACAUGGACGUCGACUUGGAUAAAGAAUUUUUACAGGGCCUGAAAGAGUUAAAAGUUCUGAUUGCAGAUAAAGAUCUUUUAGAUCUGCACAAGAGCCUGGUGUGCACAGCACUGCGGGGGAAAAUCUCGGUGUUCAGUGAGAUGGAAGCCAAUUUUAAGAAUCUCAGUCGGGCUUUGAUCAACAUUGCCUCGAAGCUCACCCACAGCAAAGACGUCCGGGAUUUUUUCAUUGAUCUAGUGGAAAAGUUUGUAGAACCGUUUCGGUCGGACAAAUGGAGUUCCAACGACGUGCAGCUUUUUCUGACCCAUUACACGGCCAGCGCACACUCAUUGGAAAUGUUCAGGCAUCAAGCACUUUGGGAACGGUACAUGGGCACCCUCAAGGCCUGCCUACUGAAGAUAUACCAUGACUAAACCCCACCAUUUUUUGAUUUUUUUAAAAAUU